UGAUUGGAACUCAGAAUUCCACUUCCGAGUUUCCAUCGGAAUGAGUGCAGCUGAGCUAGCUAGAGCCGGUGCGCUUCAGCGGUAGCUUCUUUGGCUUGGCAGGCAGCAUCUCUUUCGACGCCCAGCUUGAUUGCAUCGUUUGUGUAGCUAAAACUUCGGAAACUUGGUCUAAAAUAAUAUACAUUAAAGGUUCAUCAUGGCUACUGACUCCUGGGCCCUUGCUGUCGAUAAACAGGAAGCUACGACUGACUCAUUCGGCUCCUUGGUGAUAAGAUCUCUACCUCGAGGUGGAGGUGAUGCUGCACCUAAUAAGGCAAAAAAGGGUACCACAAAGCAAGUGGAGAAUGGCACCAACGUAGAAGGAGAGGAAAAAGAGGACAAAGCGGCCCAGUCAUUGUUGAAUAAGAUGAUCCACACCAGCCUUGUGAACACUACCAAUCAAGUAGAGGUUCUUCAGAGGGAUCCCAACUCUCCUCUUUACUCGGUCAAGACAUUUGAAGAGCUGAGGCUGAAAGAUAAGCUGCUGAAGGGAGUGUAUGACAUGGGCUUCAACAGACCCUCUAAGAUCCAGGAGAAUGCCCUGCCCAUGAUGCUGGCAGAGCCCGUGUAUUAUCCCUCUGGUUCCAGACCUCAGAACCUGAUUGCCCAAUCACAGUCCGGUACAGGUAAAACAGCUGCCUUCGUGCUGGCCAUGCUCAGCCAUGUCGACCCAACUAACAAAUGGGCACAGUGUCUUUGCAUUGCCCCAACGUACGAGCUAGCUUUGCAGACUGGUAAAGUCAUUGAGCAGAUGGGGAAAUUCUAUCCUGAGGUCAAAUUGGCAUAUGCCAUUCGUGGCAAUAAAUUGGACCGAGGGGCGAAGCUUCAGGAGCAGAUUGUCAUCGGGACACCUGGCACGGUCUUGGACUGGUGCUCCAAACUGAAGAUCAUCAAUCCCAAGAAGAUCAGCGUCUUUGUCCUGGACGAGGCUGAUGUCAUGAUCGCCACACAGGGUCACCAGGACCAGAGCAUCCGGAUCCAAAGAAUGUUGCCAAAGGAAUGUCAGAUGCUGCUGUUCUCUGCCACCUUUGAGGACUCUGUGUGGAAGUUUGCUGAGAGGGUUGUGCCAGACCCCAACAUCAUCAAGCUGAAACGUGAAGAGGAGACUCUGGACACCAUCAAGCAGUAUUACGUGCUUUGCAGCGACAAGGAGGAAAAGUUUACAGCACUCUGUAAUAUCUACGGCGCCAUCACCAUCGCCCAAGCUAUGAUCUUCUGUCACACCCGAAGGACAGCUGGCUGGCUGGCUGCAGAGCUGACCAAGGAGGGCCAUGUGGUGGCGCUGCUGAGUGGGGAGAUGACUGUGGAACAGAGAGCGACCAUCAUCGAACGCUUCAGGGAGGGCAAGGAGAAAGUCCUGGUGACCACCAACGUAUGCUCCAGAGGCAUUGAUGUUGAGCAAGUUUCUGUGGUGAUAAAUUUUGACCUGCCCAUGGACAAAGACGGAAACGCUGACAACGAGACAUACCUUCACCGGAUUGGUCGCACAGGACGUUUCGGCAAGAGGGGCCUUGCAGUCAAUAUGAUUGACAGCAAACACAGCAUGAACAUUCUCAACCAAAUCGAGGAACAUUUCAAUAAGAAGAUCAACAAGCUUGACACUGAUGAUCUUGAUGAAAUCGAGAAAAUCAGCAACUAGAUGCUGCUAACCUUGAUCACUUAAUAAUUUAAUGCAACUAUUUAUGCAGUUUGGACUAACUCAUUUGGGCUUUUGGACUUGUCACUUUAAGGAUUUAUUUGAAUGUUUACAUUAAAUUACAGAUGUUAGCCAUGCCUUAAAUGCAAAGCAUUUUCAGGACAAUAGUUCAUACCAAAGAGAGGUCAUGGCUAGGAGGGAUGUCAAAAGUUGAAUUUUUUUGUAUUUUAGCGAACCCUAACCCUUUUCCUAACCUUAACCUAAUUCUCAUAACCUGCAAUGAAAAGUAACAUCUGACAAAGCAGGAUACCUUCAUUGAUACAAUUAGCAUUAUGGUUGGUGUUCAGUUGCUAUAUAUAUAUAUAUUUUUUUUUAUUGAGUGGUUGCACUAAACUAAUAUUUUACCCUCUAGAUCUUGAAGUCUCUCUGAGGCAUGUAUAGGUAGCCAUUGAUUGUUAGCAAUAUACAAUAUAUUGAAUCAAACAAGACUUUGCAAUUGUUAGAAUGGGUGAAGUUUGCUGUGCUGAUUGGUCUUAAAAACCCUUUUCUUAUAGAAUAAUACUAGUGGAAGGUAAUGUGAUUUGAAGUUGAGCAAAUGGGAAGUAGUACCCCAACUGGAGAAAUGUCCAUUCCUUAUUAAUGAGAAGGCAGGCAACUCAUGAUCAGUCUAGACUAACAAUCCUCAAGUGAUAUAAAGCAUUUCAGGAUCACAACACUAAAUACAUUCUUGAUUGUUUAGAUGUGUGCCUCACAAUAAUCCAAAGAUUCCAUUGUAGUAAUACUGCAAGUAUUGGAGCAGUUGCUCCCUCUAUUUUAUUUUUUUCCCCAAUAGGUUCUGAAAUCUCUAUUGCGGGAGGUUGUUUCAGUGGAAACAAGUUUUGUUCAGUCACAUUCAAGCUUAUUCUGUCACCUGACAGAAGUUGGUCACUUUUACCAAGUAAAAUAAUAUUGUAUGGAAUAUACCUAAAUUGUUAGGAAUAAAUAUUAGAUCUAUCUCAAGAGGAAAAGCUUUAUUGAGCAAAACACCAUUGAAUUGUUUUAUUUUCUACCUACAGUGAAUAUGAUUUAUAUUUGGACUGCUUGAACUAAACAGAGUUUAGAGUUUACCUUGGCUAUGAAAGCUAAAAUAGCCUCUGCUGAAUCUCUUCUCUUAUACUUUCUGCACUUUUUUUGGUUUUGUCAUUUCUAAAUGGUGGAUGUAAUAAAGAUUACUUACCUAAA